CAGCAAUACAGUAAGCCUCCACAGCCUAGAGCAUAUCAUCUUCGGUGCUUUGGUGUAUUGCCCAACCUACCUCCAACCCUAGCUAUGCUAACAGCGAUUGCUAGAUUCGGUCUGCUACCUGCGGCAAUCCAUUUGCUUCUUUCUACUUCAUGUUACGCACAAGCCUUGAACGACUCCUCUCCGGAGUACUGCUACAGCCAUGCCGUCAACUCGACUGGUAUGGUUCGUCUAGGCCCGGGCCCAGCACUUGACGAUCCAUGGUACCUCAGUCUUACCAUAACUGAUAGACGCGACCCUAUGCACAUUUACGGGAGCAGCGCUACCUGGCAACAGCUAGAAGGCUAUCUCAGUGUUCCCAGUUCGCUAGAAGGGGGUCAGGAAAGUAAUCAGACAGACUACUGUAUGUACAUGCUUCCACCACAUGAUGCUGCAUCACAAGAGGAAGCUGGAAGCUGCAGUGGCGUGCUGAGCGACGAGUGCAUAUUCGCGAUGCAACACAACACGCCAUCCAUGUGGAAUGGCGAGUGUCGUCAGCCGAGCAAUCUCGAAGAAGUCUGCGGAUCAAGUGCCCCUUUUGCGACCAGCAUGCCUUGGAACUUUACCAGAACAGGGUGUGCUUUGACCGGGCUCCCGCACAUUGAUGUACCGGACGAUUAUCGAUCGUACGGCCCUUUGCCCAUGUCUGUGCUGCGCGGCGGAGACGAUCGGGAGAACUUCGAUCUUUACGACAAGAAUGUUCGCGAAGCAGUGCCCAUGGCGUUUACGAUCAGAGAUUCAGGUGGCGACAUCGAACACAGGGUCCUUUGCUUAGCUCCAGACAACGUCGUCGAAGGCAGCCGUGUGCCGCAAUCCGCUGCGGUACACUCAGUUACAAAAACUUCACCCGAAGUAGUCCUCGCUGUUAUGGCUCUUAUGUUCGUCUCUUCUGCCGCUUGGUAAACAUCAGCUUCUAUACCCGAUUCAAUAGAUCAUGCAAGUAAACAGACCUCUUACCAUAAGCAGCCAGGCUUGCACCUCAGCUCAGUAUCUCUACCUGACUGCUCCUCGCAUCGAACCGGACUUUCUAUCUGCCUCUCUCUUCGCUUUCAUGUUACCCCAAAAUCC